CUGCGCGUGCCGGGCGGAUGUGCUCUCAGUGGACGCCACGGACACCUUCGAUGGCCCAGUAUCUGACGUUCUGCGCGGUGCUCUAGCGCAGAUUGUACGCGGCAAAUGAAGAAGCGAUAACUGCGACACCACUGCACAUGACUCAGAUGCGGUGACCACUGAGCUACGGCCGCGUUCGUCAUCGCUGGUGUGUUGCCGGCUACGUUCGAGGCAUGCAAGUCUGCUGUUCAUCUCUCAUCACAGCUACCUCGCCACUGGAGCCCGUUGCGCUUGAGAAACUGCUGAAAAAGAAAAAAAAAACGCGUUCCAGCAAGCCUCAGCUUUGCGGAAGGACGAAAGUUCAACAAGAAGACGUUAUUCAACGUAGGAGCUCACUGCGCCUCAAGGGAAACUCAAGACAGCAGACAAGGAGUGAAAUCUAGUUGUGGCUUCUGUUGAUCUUCAGUUGAUGCCAAAGGAGCCGUCAUGUUCCAAUGGUAGCGCUUGUUCAUAGUAACGUAUGCUAGACCUGUUUCAAGAUAACGCAGUGUGCCUCUGUGGACGAAAUGCGAUUGUCACAAACGUGUGCAUUAUGUGGAUACUGAUGUCUUUCUGACAAAGAAGACAGUGAACGCAAGGUGCUGAGGAGAUCGAACUUGCUUAUAUCUUAAAGCAAACGUUCCAGAUAAGUCGCCCGUGUCCAUGGACACCAAGAAGGACAACUUACGGCUUGCAUAAAUUUUGCACCACUCGUCAGCUACCGUAAUUGACAGCACAGUAGAAGGGCACACCUAAUGCCUCUUGUGACAUCGGAGCAGUAACAUCACGCCCUGCCACGGAAGACGGAAUGGAAGUGUCCUCGGCCGGGGGCGCCUUCGUAAUAGCCGUCGCCAUCGCCGGCACGGUGGGCAACGCGCUGACGAUAGCCGCGCUGCUGCUGCGCAUGCGCCGAGAGCACAGUGGCAACGCGUCGUCCGUGUUCAUCGUGAGCUUGUCGGCGGCCGACUUGUGCUUCUGCUCUCUGAACCUGCCCUUCGCCGCGUCCAGUCUGCUGCAAGGGGCUUGGACGCACGGACCGCUCCUGUGUCGGCUGGUAGCCGCAGGCCGGUACCUUAACGUGGGAGUCUCGCUGCUCUCGAUUACAGCCAUCGCCGUCAACAGGUACGUGCUCGUGGUGCGGCCAUCGCUCUACGGCCGGCUGUAUGGGCGUGCGGGAAUUUGGUGGAUGGUAGCUGCCACGUGGCUGGCCCCCUGUUUUCUGCUGGCCCCCACUCUGGCUGGCGUGUGGGGCCGCUUCGGGCCGGACCCGCGUAGCCCUGGGUGCUCAGUGGUGGCGUCGGGCGGAAGGUCGCCCAAGGCGUUCCUCUUCGUGGCCGCCUUUCUCGUGCCCUGUCUGGCGAUCGUCUACUGCUACGCCGCCAUCUUCAGGCACGCACGGAAGGCCAGGCUGCAGCUGGAGGCGCACGGUGAAGCUGCUCGUCGGCGCCAGGACGAGUGGCGCAUCACACGCAUGGUCCUCGUCAUCUUCCUGUCGUUCCUCGCAUGUUAUUUACCCAUCACCAUCGUCAAGGUAGUUGACGCCGAGGUUCGUCACCCAGCUGCGCAUCUGGGAAGCCAGCUGCUGCUGUAUCUGAGUGCGUGCAUCAACCCCAUCAUCUACGGCGUCACCAACCGGCAGUACCGGCGGGCGUACGCGCAGCUUCUCGGCUCCGUAGCUGCGUUGUGCUGUUCCCAAGCGCCCUACACAACGGAGCAGACGGAUGGCAAGCAGCGAGACUCCCAACAGACCAGCCUCUGAGCCAUCAAUGUGCAGGAGCGGUCUAGAUGGUAAUCCGUUGUCACCUUAUCGCGAAAUGACACGGGGAACGCAGGAAAGCAUCGCCACACGAAGGUCAGUGCGGUAGAAUCUCCAGUUACGACUAGGACGACAACGCACAGGCACACAUUAUCGUGCUGUUCAAUGACAGUGCAGUGCCCACGACAUUGCUUUCUACUAUGAAGGCGUAGGCGUACUUGCACCUGUUUCCGAGUUUAGUACAAGGCACACUUGCGUGUUGGCGGUCGUGAAUGUGUUGGCGCAGGCACGGUUGGAUUUUAGCGCUGGGCCGCAGAAGCCUCCUCGACGGCAACUGUCGACAUGCAGCGUUUUCCGAGGACCUGUAGACAAACAGAUUCGUACAGGGACAGAUGAUACGAGCUUAAGCAAAUUAUGUUUUUUUUUUUUUUUCAGAAAUCUGCGAUGUGCAGUAACGUUUACGAAAGGAAACGCUUACAUCUGCUCGACCGAAGCCGCAGAGCUACGAAGAAAACCAGUGAAGGAUCCUUCAAAAAGGAAAGCUUACCAGCUGAAGCAAAACUCAUAUUGCUCAUGGCAAUAUGUCCGGCUCCACCGCCUUCGUAGGGCAGUCAUCUUAACAUCUAAGCAAAAUUAGCGAAAUGUGGCUGCGUUUCGUUGCCGAUCAGGUAGCGCGCCUGCAUUGUAGUGCUACAAUGUUGCGAAGCGUUAGUAUUGCGUACAGGCAGAUAUUUGCUCCCUUUGCUCAAUGUGCAAGUAGCUUAGAACAGCGUUGUUGGUUAUCAAGAAACAGCGCUAGUAAAAUCAAUUAAGAUCCAGUUUCGUGUUUUCUUUUUCAGCGAAGCUACCUUGCAGCGAUUCGCGACAUGUGGCUUCCGAAAGGGCAGGCUUCCUGAGGACAGGCUUCCGUCCUGCCCUCUUUUGCGAGGAAUGCUCCUUGCUUUCUUCACGGUGUCACAGCGAAUGCGGCGACGGCUCGGAGCCUACCGAUUGUGUCUAGUCCAAACAUUUUACUCGUGUGCUGACCUCUGACCAUCUUGCCAUCGUGAUGUGUGUAGAGAAAAAAAAUCGACUGAUUCUUACGUUUCCUGCGGUACUAUAGCACAGUAGGAAGACUCUCUCUGAGCCUCCUAUUCUGUCCCUAAAAUACUGGUUGAAAGAAAGAACUGCAAAUAUUGCCAUUGUAUUUCGUAGUAAGCGAAACAUUCAUAUCCACAUGAAAAUGUUGAAUAAUGAGAUAGCGCACAAGACAGAGAACCUCUGUGUGUCUUGCUGAUUCCCGGCUGAAUGUAUGGUGUGCCUCGUGGCAUAGUGUUAUUUUCUCGUUGCAUGCAUACAAAGUGUUCGCAGUCAUAACGUACUUGGAUGAGAUGAACCGUUUUGAUCCGCAGGUAAGAAUGUGUCAUCCUUUGUGCAUGCGGUAAUAAAACAAAUCACUCUUUGA